GAGUGAGAGAGAGAGAGAGAGAGAGAGGCGCGCGCGCUCGUAGAGUUCCUUGGUACACGUGGCACACGCAGCGGGUCCGCGGGAUUGCUCGCGCGAGGGGGGCUUUAUCGUAUUGUAGCGGCGCGCGGGGGAUUGUGGGACGGCGGCGGCCUAGUUUGUGCAGGCAGAGAGAGAGAGAGAGAGAGAGAGAGCCGAGCGAGCGGAAACACAACAGCGUUCACACACACUUUAUUCUGUUAGCGGCGCGGGCACGGAAUUGACAGGCCAUGGGGCAGGACGACAUCAUGAGCGCGGCGGAGGAUGUCGCGGAUCAGUUCCUCAGAGUGACGAAACAGUACCUGCCUCACCUGGCGCGCCUGUGUCUCAUCAGCACCUUCCUAGAGGACGGGAUUCGGAUGUGGUUCCAGUGGUACGAGCAGAGAGACUACAUCGAGGCCACCUGGGGCUGCGGCUACUUCCUGGCCACGUGCUUCGUGCUGCUUAACCUUUUCGGACAGUUGGGUGGCUGUGUCCUUGUUCUCAGUAGAAAUUUUGUACAGUAUGCUUGCUUUGGAUUAUUUGGCAUUAUUGCGCUACAGACUGUCGCCUACAGUAUCCUGUGGGAUCUAAAGUUUUUGAUGAGGAACAUGGCUCUGGGAGGUGGGCUGCUGCUACUCUUGGCUGAGUCACGUUCCGAGGGGAAGAGCAUGUUCGCCGGCGUGCCUACGAUGGGCGAGAGCUCCCCCAAGCAGUACAUGCAGCUGGGCGGCCGUGUGCUGCUUGUUCUCAUGUUCAUGACCCUUCUGCACUUCGACUCCAACUUCUUCUCGAUCCUACAGAACAUGGUGGGCACGGCUCUCAUCAUCCUGGUGGCCAUCGGCUUCAAGACCAAACUGGCUGCUCUCACCUUGGUGGUGUGGCUCAUGGCCAUCAACGUCUACUUCAACGCCUUCUGGACGGUGCCUGCCUACAAACCCAUGCACGACUUCCUCAAGUACGAUUUCUUCCAGACCACGUCAGUCGUCGGCGGCCUGCUGCUAGUAGUGGCUCUCGGUCCCGGGGGCGUGUCCAUGGACGAGAAGAAAAAGGAGUGGUAAGAAGAGGCCAUCUCCUCGUACGGGGGGAAAAAAACAACAAAAAAAACAAAUCCACUGCCCAGGACACAAGGACCCGCAAAUCUUAAAACAACCCAGUACAAGUCGGAGCCAUCUCAAUUCUCUUCUUCACCUGCCCUUUUUGUUUUUUGUUUUUCAUUUCUCAUGUUUUUUUUUUUUUUUUGCCAUUUGUGAAUUUGUAAAAACAAAAUUUUUAAGCUGCCUGAUCAGGUCCCACUGUAAAGAAAACCUGAAUGACAAGGAACUGUCUGAGUUGAUGAUUGAUUUUUUUUUUUUUCCCCCCCUUUCUUUCUUCCCUUCUGUCACUGUUGACCAGGAUGCUAUCUUUAAACCAUUAUAAAUGUAUUCUUGUUGGGAUGCUUCUCUUCUCAUGCGUGUUUCUGUAUGGUUAUUGUUUUUAAAACACUUGAGAACUAGCUGUGAAUGAAUGUGUACACGUGUAGACUCUGUGAAACAACAGUAAUUUAGAGCUCGAACUGAAAGAAGUUUUCGAAUAAUGACCUGGCACCACGAAUCGUUUGUGGUGCACCUCUCGUUGUUUUUCUUUCACCCUCAAAUCAAUCCACGUGUCAAAUCAAACGGCCUUUGCGUUUAGGGUGCGCAGGGUCUCCUGUAACACUGGUCGUGGUUCAGAUGGGGGGGGGAUUAUUAUUAUUUUAUUAUUUUUUUUAUUUUUAAAUGUGUAUAAACCACCCUACAGAAUAGAAAGGUGGAAGUACAGCGCCUUCUGACUGAUCUGUUUUCACAACAGCGGCCUGUGUACUGUUUGAACCUUAGCUUGGAUCCAGGUAUUAGACAGACUUGCAAGCAGUUUAUGCAAAUAAAUAAAUAAAUAAACAAACAAAACACUAUUUUACACAUCUGCGUCUGCACACGUGCUCAGAAGGCCUCUUCUGUCACCAGAGCUUCAUCUUGAUCUGUGUGUUUGCUGUUGUUAAAAUAACACCUUGAUUUUACAGGAGUUUAUAAUGUAUUUUUUUGAUUUAUUUUUGUUUUCAGGCAGAGAAAGAAACAAUAAAAGCAAAAAAAAAGA